AAGUUAUAACGAUGCAGUUCCGCACUUGACGUCGUGACGUGUGGACGUGUUGGAGCUCGAAAAUACAAUGUCCGGAAGGUCGAACUCCAAACUUGAGGAAUUUACUAAAAGAUAUCGGCAGUAAAUAUUCGGUGAAAGACCCUCCUGCUUUUCCCAAACACACAAGUGGAUGGAUAUGCUGCAGCCUUAAAGCUCCUUUGUCAUCCCAAGGAUAACUCGCUCUAUCAAUAUGGACCACUGUAAAUCCAGUUCGGAUGAGCACAAAGAAACUGAAGACGCAGGAGAGAAUAAAGGUGGUGAAGAGCAUGAAGACGGACACAAGAAUGAUGCUCCUGAUGCUCAACAAAGGACAGAUGAAGCUGGGAUGCAGGAAGAUGGACACAAGAAUGAUGCUCCUGAUGCUCAACAAGGGACAGAUGAAGCUGGGAAGACUGAGGAUGGCAACAAGAUGAAUGUUGGUGAGGAUUUUACUGGUGGCCAGAAUUUCAGUGAAGCACAAGGAAACAAGGAUAUUGUCGCGUUGGCUUCUUGCAAGAGCAAUGCAAACGGAGAGCAGAGCUCUGAAAGUUACACUCAGAAGCCUGCUGAGGAAGAACUACAGUCCUGUGUCCCAACAGAAGAGACGUGUUAUGGGGAAGAGGCUAAAACAUUAUGCACCUUCACUGCAACAAAGGAAGAACACGUCGCUAAAACUGAAGUAAACGACAGAGACAGACAGCAGAAUAUCCUCCAAAGAGCCACUGAGGUGCCUCCAGAGCAAGAGCUGAGAUCCAAAGGGCAGACUGAGGGAGCCUCUAGUUUACAAGAUGUUACUGCUUUAUCUUCCAUCACUGAAGCAAAGGGAAAAGACAUCAAGAAAACUUUAUUCAAAUACUUGUGUUGGGUGAUUCCGGUCCUGGUGACUGUGGUAGCAAUCUUAUGUUCUCAUGGUGGAAGUCCACCUCCUCAGCCAAGUGAGCACAAAAGUGUUGACAUUUUCCAUAAAGAAAUUAAAAAAUUGGAAUUAUGCUUCCCAAGCCAGAGGGCAGAACUGUGGAAGAGGAGUAAAAUCCACCUAACAAAGCAUCUACAGGCUGUGCAGCCCAAGGAGCCAGCCAGCAUGAUCCUGACGUCAGGUCGCAGAGCUGAAAAGACCCUCCACUGCUUAGCCAUGCGCAUAGCAGAUGCCUUGUCCACCGCCAUCAAUACCACUGUCCUUCAAAUCGAUGGAGCCAGCAAGGCCUCGCUAGAUAGUGACACAGUCAAGCUGGACAUUGAUGAGAGGCUGAGGAGAGCAUUUGAAGGAAAGAAGGGCACAGCUGUCAUUCACCGGUUUGAGGAGCUUCCACCAGGAUCCACGCUCAUCUUCUAUAGAUAUUGUGACCAUGAAAAUGCUGCCUUUAAAGAUGCUUCGCUGAUCUUCACAGUCCUACUUGAGGAGAAGGAUGACGUGCAGAAUGACGCGAGUCUGAGUGACGUGGAGGAGAUGGUGCAAGAGCAUAUCCAAGACCGGUUUCUCUCCUCAGCCCAGCCUUCCACCUUUGAUAAGAUGGACAUGGAUAAGUUAGCUGGACUUUGGAGCCGGAUCUCGCACCUCAUCCUACCUGUCGCUGCUGAGGAGCGCAUUGAGCUUCAAGGUUGUAAGAUCUGAGGAGAGCAGCAAAUGGACCAUUCUGUAUUGAAAAGAUCCAUUUAACCU